CUCUCGGGACAUUGACAAUUGAUAUCUGGUCGCCAUUAUGGGUUUCUACAAGUACACUGCUUUUGCUCUUCUCGCUCUGCGUGCUGUCAGCGUCUUUGCUGCCGAUGCUGUCGAAGAAGAGCUCGAAAGUCCUCCCACAACCCCCAAUCUCGCUGUUUCCGUGUCUGCCUCCUUCCCGUCGUCCGAGGUCUUCGGUGUCAAGCUCAUCAAUGGGCACGCGACAAAAGCUGUGUUGGACUUCACAAAUAACGAGGCCGAGCCAGUCACAAUAGCUGUCAUUGGAGGAGCUCUGUCUACUUUACAGCCAUUGCCCGAGGGAACUCAUCCUAGCGCUGGCAUUGUUCGCAAUAUCACUGCUACUCGUUACGAUGUCUCCAUUCCUGCUGGAGAGAAGCAGAGCCUCCCCUUUACUUUCACCACCGACCUUCACCCACAAGAUCUCCGUCUCAACUUGAUCGCCGUUAUCGGCAGCGUUGCUGGAGAGGUCUACCAAAUUCAGGCAUACAAUGAAACUGUUACCGUCGUUGAGCCAGCUACUUCCAUCUUCGACCCUCAAAUCAUUUUCCUUUACCUCUUCCUCCUCGCAGCAUUCGCUGGUACCCUCUACUUCGUAUACAAGACCUGGAUCGAGGCCCUCUUCCCACAAACCAAGCGCGGAGGCAAGGGUGGAGAGCGCGCCAAGCGAUCAUCUGCAGGUUCCAAGAAGGCUGUUCCAGUUGAUGAGCAAGUCUCUGUCAUUGGUGCCGAUGGACCAGCUGUCACUACCGGUGCUGAAGCCCAGAAGGCAUAUGAUGAGAGCUGGAUCCCCGAGCACCACUUGAACCGACCAUCCGCCAAACGUGUCAAGAGCGGCGCAUCAUCGAAGACCAAGGCUCGUGCCGAGUAAAUUGACGAUCAAGAUUUCGAUUGGGCACACUUCACUGUUGUAUUCUCAUGCAACUUGAUGGGAGGAACGGUUGAAACUGUAUCUUAAAUACUGGUUGAUAUGGGAGGAUGCAUAUGGUGGCGCAGGGGGGAAAGAAAAGCAUGUGUACAAUACAACAAAAGUCAAUCUGUCACAAGUUCGAAUUUGUGAGAGAUGAAUUGUGAAUUAAAAUGCCUCGAUGCUAACCAUACUUGCAACUGAACAAGGCUGUCUGUCAAUCUUGGUUCGCUAUUAGAACUUAUGGGCCCAUCC